GGCAGAGGCUCACAUUAGUGCUACAACAAAAGCCAGGCAGGGAGGCAGCGGAGGAGAGAACCCCAGGAAGGGACGAGACCGAGGAGGGAUUCCCCUAUUGUCUGGAGCUCACACGGGGCAUUGAGGGUCCCAUUCUAGUCCGGGACUGCUGCAAACUCACCGGUCAGCAUGAAAGCUGCGCUGGACAUUAAACCCACGCUCACCAUCAUCAAGACCGAGAGAGUAGAGUAUGAGAACUACCCGUGCUCCGAUGCAGAGUGUGGGGACGUGCCUCUACUGACUCCCAGCAGCAAAGAGAUGAUGUCUCAGGCGCUCCGCGCAACCUUCAGCGGCUUUACCAAAGAGCAACAACGCCUGGCAAUCCCGAUAGAUCCGCGAGAGUGGACAGAUGCCCAUGUAAGAGACUGGGUCUCUUGGGCAGUAAAUGAAUUUACGCUAAAGGGGGUGGACUUUCAGAAGUUCCGUAUGAGUGGUGCUGCUUUAUGUGCCCUGGGGAAGGAGUGCUUUUUGGAGUUGGCGCCUGAUUUUGUAGGAGACAUCUUGUGGGAACAUUUAGAAAUUUUACAAAAAGAAGACAUAAAAUCAUAUGAAAUGAAUGACUUAACCCCAGCAUAUCCAGAAACCAGAUAUACCUCAGACUACUUUAUCAGUUAUGGUAUCGAGCAUGCUCAGUGUGUGCCCCCCUCUGAAUACUCUGAGCCCAGCUUCAUCACAGAGUCAUACCAGACCCUGCAUCCCAUCAGCUCAGAAGAACUCAUGUCUUUGAAAUACGAAACUGAAUUUUCCUCAUCGCUCUUACGUGACCCCCUGCAAACUGACUCCCUACAGGACAACUGCUUCAGCAUCAAACAAGAAGUUGUGUCUCCAGAUAAUAUGUGCGUGGGACGGAUCAGUCGAGGAAAGCUUGGAGGACAGGAGUCUUUUGAAAGCAUAGAAAGCCAUGAUAGCUGUGACCGUCUGAUGCAGUCCUGGAGUAGCCAGUCCUCGUACAACAGCCUGCAACGUGUCCCUUCCUACGACAGCUUUGACUCAGAGGAUUAUCCUCCUACAUUAUCAAGCCACAAACCAAAAGGCACCUUUAAGGACUAUGUAAGGGACCGUUCUGAGCUGAACAAGGACAAACCAGUCAUCCCUGCUGCUGCACUCGCAGGCUACACAGGAAGUGGGCCUAUUCAGCUUUGGCAGUUUCUCUUGGAGUUAUUGACGGACAAAUCCUGCCAGUCUUUCAUCAGCUGGACGGGGGAUGGCUGGGAGUUCAAACUGUCUGACCCAGAUGAGGUUGCAAGGCGCUGGGGCAAGAGGAAAAACAAGCCAAAAAUGAAUUACGAAAAGCUAAGUCGGGGGCUGCGUUACUACUAUGACAAAAAUAUCAUUCACAAAACUGCAGGGAAGCGAUAUGUCUAUCGUUUUGUUUGCGAUUUGCAAAGUCUUCUUGGAUACGUGCCUGAAGAGCUUCACGCUAUGCUUGAUGUUAAACCAGACACUGAUGAAUAAGGUGGAGCAUAGGAAACAAAAUGGGAAAGGACAUAAAACCCAUAGAUCUAAGCACCUAUCUGAGACCAUUCGUUGUUCAGAGUAACAAGAUGGAUGCAAAGGAUUCUGGGAAAGGGAUGUUACUGGGAAGAGUGUCACAAGUCUUUUUUGUUUAACAGCCCAUGGAAGAUGGAGGGAACAAAAAAGCUGACUUUGGUUGCUCACUGCCUGGAAAAUUCCACAAUAUUUUUUUAUUUUUUUUUAAGUUGAACAGGAAGAACUUUAUUUUAAAAUUCAUUUUAUUAUUAAAUGUUGUGCCAGUAUUUUCUGUGAUAUUUUUUUUUUAAACAAAUGCAUUAUUUUGCUUUUGCGUUUGUUUAAUUUUUAUAGCCAGCUUAUUGCCAACUGACGCAAACCGAUAUAUCAAAUAUCGGGCUAAUUACAAAUAAAAAUGAGAAAACUUGGCUAUUUAAAACAAACAUUUUUACACCAGCUAAUUUUUAAUAUUUAAAGCCAUAUUCUCUCAGAUGGGCCAUAUACAAAAGGGAACUACAAAUAUUGGUUUUUAAUUAAGAUUAUAUUACCAGGUUUCUGUUCUCAAUUUAUAUGAACACCUACAUAUACAAACUCGCACAUACAUAUACAUGCACACGUACAUAUACAAGCACGCACAGAUACGUAUACAUGCACACAUACAUAUACAAACACACACACAUACGUAUACAAACACAUACAUAUACAAGCACGCACACAUACAUACACAAACACAUACGUAUACAAACACGCACACGUACAUAUACAAGCACACAUACAUAUAUACAUGCACAUAUACAAACACAUGUACAUAUAUACAUGCACAUAUACAAACACAUGUACAUAUACAUGCACACGUACAUAUAUACAAACAUGUACAUAUACAUGCACACGUACAUAUACAUGCACACGUACAUAUACAAACACGUACUUAUACACGCACACAUGCAUACAUGCAUACAUGUACAUAUACAUGCACACGUACAUAUACAAACACACACAUACGUAUACAAACACGUACUUAUACACGCACACAUACAUACAUGUACAUAUACAAACACGUACAUAUACAUGCACACGUACAUGUAAAAGGACGCACACAUACAUAUACAAACACAUACACAUACUGUAGCAGGGAUAGAUAACUAAUAUCUAACAUAUAUUAUAAAAAGAUGUUAAGAUUUUCCAAAAUGUUUAAUGUAAAUGUUCUUAAAAAUGCAUCUUCCUUGUUUUUGCUAAGCAGCACCUAAACAAAUUCAAACGAGCACCAUGAAACGCGUUUAGAAUUCCCAAGUUGUGUUUUAUACAGAAAAUGUGUAUAUAUUUUACAAGAAGCUUGUUUUUUUUAAAAAACCUUUAAAAGAGAGGACUGUACAGCUUUUUUCCCCCCUAACUGUGUCUUAUCAGUUUUAAAGGUUGUGCCAAAGAGAUUAACCCAUUGAGUACUGAACUUGUCAUUAAUACACUUUCAGUCAUUAAAGCCGAAAUAUUGAGAUAGUUACAGGACUUCUUCUGCAAGCAACAAAAUAAAUAUAAAUUUAAGGGGUUUUUAUGCAGUCCUGUAUAAAAUGUGCACUAUAUAACAGGAUAUGUUUAACCCUUUGACAACCUUGGGGGUAAGGCAAUUACUGUUUAAUAACUAAUGGACAAUCAAGGGCAUGAUCAGUUUUAUUUUCCAAUCCAUGGUUAAGCAGAGAAAUCUAAAAAAAAAAUAUAUUAGCAGUUACUAUAAAGUAACUGGAUAAAACCAUUUAAUAAUUCCCUUCUUAAAAUGAUCUGUUUAGUAACAACAGACAAUAUGCAUAUAGAUUAGCCUUUUGUUCCUUUAAAGAUAGUUACAGCUAAUCAAUAAGCUAUUUUAGCGACUUUCUACUGAAAAUGACUAAGGUCACAAAAUACCUUGUAUCUUGUACAUUACAUCAUUUAAAAAACUAAUUUUGCUUAGAACAAUAUUUGCUUUGUUCUAAAUGUCAGAUAUUUAAGGUUUGUUGGCACAGCUGCCCAUUUACAGAUUUUGUUUUCAAUUCCUUUUGCCCAUUUGUAGUUCUUAUACCGCUAGCUGGUGCCAACUAACACUAGAAGCAAACUCAUAGCAAACCAGAAACGAGCCAUGCAAUAUUUCAAAACAGAUUUGUAUAUGAAAUACCGAGCCAGAAUCAUUUUCCUAUAUUGGUUACAAAUCACACUAGUGACAAAUAAUGUAAAAUGUCACAGUUGUAAUGAAAAUUAAAGUCAAAUUUAAACUUUCAUCAUUUAGACUGAUCCUACAAUGUUAGGAAAUUUUCCAAUGUACUUUGUAUUGGUAUCCAACUCUUGGUUGAAACAGCACCAUUCUAUGAGAGCAUACUGAGAUAGGUUCACAAGCAUGCAUGUGACUAUGGCAGCAGUGUAUGCAACAAUGUGAUACAAAUAGUUCUUAGGGCACUUGCAUACUCCUAAGCCUACUUUACUAUGCUCUCCAGGAAAUAAGCUUCGUUUUUAAUACUGUGCGCUCUAUCUGAAUGAUAAAAGUUUAACUUUUCACGCCUGUGUUCCUUUAAGAACUAAUAAUGCAUUCCAUUGAUAGCGUUGGCAUUGUGCUUUGUGCUGAUCAAAGAUUUCUUCUAUAAUCUAAGUUUUAUUUUUGAAGAGGGUAAGAGGUCAAAUACUUGAUUUUUUUUUUUUUGUAUAGCUUAUUAUAAAAGAUUUUAAUUUAAAGCACCAGUUUCUCAGUAUAUGGUUUGCAAAAAAAUAGCAAAUAAAAUGUAAUACAAUAAAUGUUAUUCCUGCUUUAUUGCACUGUUUAUAAAUAAACUUCUUUGGUAUUUGCUUAAUUCUAAAAGGUAGUAAAAUGACUGAUGUACCUCAAUAAUUGUUUGUAAAAAAUAAACUGGUGCUUUAAACAAAUUCAGGUUCUAAAUCACAGACAUAGAAUGUAACAAUAAAUACUGUUUUCUACCUA